AUGUCGGACGGCCAGACGAAGCAGUUUGGAAAGGGCCAGCGGACUGUGCCUGCCCAGAAGGCCCAGAAGUGGUACCCCGUGGACGAUGAGUCGCAGCCCAAGAAGGUCAGCAUACCCCGGAAAAGCACAUGGACAUACAUCGAGAAGGAAAUACGGACAUGCAUCGAUUGCUACGGAUGGAUGCGACACGAUAUUCGAGUUCGCAAGACUCUGCGUCCCGCCAAGGUCCGCGAGAGCCUCCAGCCCGGUACCGUCCUGAUCCUCCUCGCUGGUCGCUUCCGUGGCAAGCGUGUCGUCCUCCUCAAGCACCUCGAGCAGGGUGUCCUCCUCGUCACCGGACCCUUCAAGAUCAACGGCGUUCCCCUCCGCCGUGUCAACUCCCGCUACGUGAUCGCCACCUCCAAGCGCAUCGACGUCUCCGGUGUCGACGCCAAGGCCAUCGAGAAGAUCUCCGCCCCUGAGUACUUCACCAAGGAGAAGAAGGCCGAGAAGAAGUCCGAGGAGGCUUUCUUCAAGCAGGGCGAGAAGCCCCAGAAGAAGGUUGUUGCCUCCGCCCGUGCCGCCGACCAGAAGGCCGUCGACCAGUCCAUCCUCGGCAGCAUCAAGAAGGAGGAGUUCCUGAGCUCUUACCUCGCCUCCACCUUCAGCCUCCGCAACGGUGACAAGCCCCACGAGAUGAAGUGGUAA